AUGAUUGCUGAAGUUUAGAGUAGUGAAGAUCUAUUGGUAAUGUGUAGGAUAUGUGAGAAAUAAGUAUGAGUGUGGUAUAACAUUUGUAGACAGAUGCUUCAUUGAUUGAGAAUCAUUUAGUGAAUUGCUAACAAAUCUUUGAGGCUAGAAAGCAUUUGCAUCAAUUGGACGUGCAAAUUCAAAAAUUAGCUGAGUCUGCUUAGAACAGCUUUCGUACAAUCAAUACAAAAUAUCAAAUUCAUAAGUCCAAGCAGGCUAGAUAUACAAACCAGGAUAAUCGUGGGAUGAGAAGCAGUGCACCGUUGAAAUUGAAUCAACCAGAUGAGUGUGCAAGUGAGGAGACGGGUUCAAGAACAAACAAGGUUAGUGCAGAGCCUUUGUAUGAUUUUAGUGCGCAGUGAAAUCGAGGUUUGCGAACUUGGGAGCAAGCUUAGCAAAUAACGAGGCCUCCCAAGAGUAGACUUAGUAGGAAUGUGUGACUUAGACUGUUCAAUAGUAAAUUACGGGAGAGGAUUUCGAUCAAAUAAUGAAACAAUAGAUAAAGUUAUCAAAGAAAAUAGAAUAAUAGAAACAAGGAAAUAAGUUUGUGUAUUCUCCAGAAAUCAAACAAAUAAGUUCCCCAAUAUCGAAUGGUAUGGGUAGUCCAUUUUCUCUCGAGUACAUAUUUAUGAAUAUCCAAUAGUGAUAACACUGAAAUUUUGAAAGAUUUGAGACUACAGUUAGACUCUCUGUCCAUCAUCACUAAAUAUACUGAAGAAACUCUUAAAACAAACCAUGGUACUCAAUCAAUUUAAUUUGAUCUAAAAAUACAAGUGGAUUUGUUCAAUAUCAAACACACACUCUAAAGGGAGGUCCAAGAUCUAGUAAAAAUGACUUUGAAACUGAUAGAAGUACAUUUGAAUCAUCAUAUCAUUUUAGGAGAAGGUGCAAUGUACCUAAAAAAUAUCGAGAUUGCAGAAACUGAUUUCUGAGGAGGAGAAAAUAGAAAACCUUACAUCUCCACGUCUCAAGAUCAACAACGUAGAAUUAGGGAAUCGUAGGACUUCAUUAGGAAAUUCACUACAAGGACAUUUCGAAAUGCUCAAAAACAGUGGUAAUGGUGCCAAAUGGUUGAAUAAGUAAAACAUAGUACCGAAUUCUGAACCCAGUAAGUAGGCUUAAUCGAAAACCUUUACUGAAGGUGUAGGAAAGGAUUGUAUCUUUUAGAAAUGUCUGAGUGAAUCUGAGGAUGCAGGACAGAGUAACAAUGAAUCGGAUUCAGAGGAUGUGUAAUCUAGGGAAGUCAAAAAAGAUAUUACUAAGAAAUCACUGGAAGAAUCAUUUGAAAUAGAUGACAAUUUACAAUAAACGAAAAGCAAUAUGAUUUCGUUUAAGGAUUUGAAUCAACACCAUGCGGUCAAUAAGUGUGAUUUUGAUAAUGAGAAGGAACAGAAGGUUAAGGGGUAUUACAGUGAUGGAGAUUUCAAAACAACUAAAUUAGUCAAGAAUAAGCAAUUGUAAAUCAUAUAACACUAUUGAAUAUUUUAGAUUGAAUGUGACUCUUUAGGACUUUGAGUUUAUCCAGGUGUUGGGUGUUGGAGCAUUUGGAGCAGUGUGGCUGGUUUGUAAGAAGAAGACGAAGGAUUAUUAUGCAAUGAAGGUGAUAGAUUGUAGAAAUAAGGAUAUGAAUGAAAUUCAGAAUUUGAGAGCUGAAAAAAAUGUAUUUGAAAUCUUAGAAGGUGAUUUUGUAGUAAAAGCAUAUUAUUCAUUUAUUUAAGACAAUUGUUUGUUGUUUUUGUUAGAAUAUAUGAUGGGAGGUGAUUUCAGUUAAGUUCUUUUUCAAUAUGGGCGUAUUUCAGAAUCAGUUGCUAAGUUUUAUUUGGCUGAAUUGCUCUUAGCAAUUGAAUCAUUACACAAGAAAGGAAUAAUUCACAGAGAUCUGAAACCACAAAAUAUCUUAUUGGAUGCACAGGGUCAUCUAAAGUUGGCUGAUUUUGGGUUAUCUGAAAUCGCAUUAGUGUAAAAGAUUAAGGAAGGGAAAGACGGAUUCAAUAGUUCAAUUGAUCCUGAGGCAUUGCCAAUGAAUGUUUCAAAGAGGAACAUCAAAACGAAAAGCAAUAUCGAAUUUCAUUUACAAAAGACUACUAGUAAGACCAGUAUUUAAGAGCGAACUCAAUCAGGAAAAAGAUAGAAUAGAAUAAUUGGAACUCCUGAUUACAUUCCCCCUGAAGUCAUCAGUGGAUAAUCUAUAUCCAACUUUUCAAUAGAUUGGUGGGCUUUUGGAGUGAUUGCAUACGAAUUUUUAGUAGGCAUUCCACCAUUCAAUGAUUCCAGUAUUCCGAAGGUGUUUGAUAACAUAAUGAAUAGGAGCAUCGAAUGGCCAGAGAUAGGCAGUGGAGAGGACAUGAUGAGCUAGGAAGCAUAUGAGUUAAUCAAUUCAUUAUUGGAACCCUAAUACCACAAGAGACUUGGAGAGAAAGGCGCUGAAUAAGUAAAAUCUCAUAAGUUCUUCAAUGCAGUUGACUGGAACAACAUCAGGAAUUAGGAGGCUCCCAUGAUUCCAAUACGAGAUUUAGACUAAUUGGAGGAGGAAGAGAGCAAUAUCAGGAGGAAGAAGAAUGAGGAAGUGAAAAUGAAGAGUAGAUUGCAAUCAGUGCAAGUCUCCCAUGAUGGAAAUCUAGAUGAUGUGGCUAACCUAACCAGAGUUGAUCUAUUGGCCAAGAUCAGUUAGAAGGAUGCGGAAAAUGUAAUGAAAAAGAGAUCAAUUCGGAAGACUAUUUAACAAUUUCUAUGA